AUGAGCUCAAAGGUGAACAAGGAGCUGCCUUCCAUUCCGGAGCACCUGAAGUACAAGGGUUUCACGCCGAGCGGGAAACCCCGGCUUUUUGUGUGUCAGACAUGCACAAGGGCGUUUGCCCGGCAGGAGCAUCUGACCAGGCACGAGCGCUCACACACGAAGGAGAAGCCUUACUGCUGUGGAAUUUGCGACAGGCGCUUCACAAGAAGGGACCUGCUGCUGAGACACGCACAUAAGGUGCACGGGGGCAACUGUGGGGAGAGUCUGUUACGGAAGAAGAGAAGCAAGAGAAUGUCCUCUAAGCAGAUGUCGAACUCGAACGGCCCUUUGCAACAGUCACCGGGCUCACUUCCCACUGAAAACCACAGUAAUGACAAAAUAAUCGCCAAUGGAGACCCACUGGUGGCAUUUGAAGCAGGAAGCACAGAUGUUAAUUCCAGAAAGAGGAAGAAAAAGAACGAAUUUUUGGAGAGAACCAAAAAAAUGGCUACGCCAACCCUUAUGAGAAGAGCAUCAUUCAGCGCCCAGUCUGCAGAGAAUUAUGCUAAACCGCUAGGCAGGUCCCAAAUGCGCGGGCCCGCAAGGAGACCGUCUUCCCGUUUGACAAAUGUCUCUAACAGCAGUAGUCUCACUAACGCUAAUGCUCAUAAUAGUAAUAGCAUGUUUCCCGAGUUGAAUACUCACCACCCGGUCGAUAAUGUGGAAUUUUCAACACCGCAACUUUUACCAGUCGAUUUCGGGAAUGCACUAACCUUCAAUGAAAUGGAUUUUUUCUCUCUCGAUGAAGAGAAUGAGGGCUCUGUAGAUUUCAGCAUAGAAGACUUCAACAGCUUUCAAUAUCAAGGAGGUGAGAAUAACAAAACCCUUAACGAAGCAAAUAACGGACCACAUGUACAUAAUAAAGUGGAUGAACAAGCAGUAGAUUUUGACUUCUUAAAAUCUCCGUUCAAUAAAUAUAAUGAUCCUCUAUCCUCAGAUGUUCAUCUAGACGUGGAUGACAAACCUCGCAAUAAUAUUCCAAGAAUAAAUGAAAACUCUAUCUUGGACCAAUUUCACAAAAAUUUAUUAUAUUCCUCAUCAUCGAACCCAGAGAUUUCUCGAAGUGAAUCCUCUCCAAGCUCUUCUGUGACAAUGCCAAAUGAGUUACCUGACUUGAAUAAUCAUGUUCCAAUUACACAAGGAGGUGCAGGCACACCUGGAUAUUCACCAUUUUCAGUUAAUAGUUUUGGUAGGGAAAAUACCUCUCAAAAAAGUAAGACCAACGGAAAGUCUUCGGGACUAGCAAAUAACAAUAACAAUAUUCUACAUACAAAGUCAUUGUUUACUCACCACAAAAGGAAUAAUGAGAGCCUCAAAGAAGCAACUCUAUCAGGCUCAACCGAAAAUUCACCUCAUGAGAAUGGAUAUGGUGAUUAUUCCAAUGUUGAUAAACUCAUUAAUACGACAACCACACCAGGUUUUGUAGCUACUAGUGUAAGCCCAAACAAAAUAUCAUCUCAUCUGCAUGGCCAACACAGUGACUACUUGCCAAAUGAGGUUGAUUCGAAUCCAGAAGUAUUUGAUGACAAUAUUUCACCGAAGCAAGGUGAUUAUAACACAAAACCAAGUUAUAUUGAUAAUAUUCAAAAAUUAACCAGCAGAAAAAAUUCAUUAUUUGGUAAUAUUUAUAAUAAGAGUCCAGCUGAAAUUCUGAGAAAGGAAUCAGCCACACCUGAUACACAUUCUGUUACACCUCAAUACAUCACCGAAAUAAAUGAAAUUACGAGUUUUAAUAAGGAUUUGCAAUCUAUAUUCAAUGAUUUCAUGAAAGAGGAAGAAAAAGACAUUAUAUAUGGGAAGCAGAAUGGUGAUCUAUUCAAUUUAUUGGUUAAUGGUGAAGGUACCAAAACAACAAACAACCUUGGCGGUCAGUUACAAACUAAUUUCAGUGAAAUAGAAAAUUUAUCUGCCAAUGGUCCUAUUCAUGAUGCCAACAAUAACUAUACUUUCUAUGGCUUAGAUUAUUUGGGGGCUGCAAAUAUAACUAAAUCCUCACCACCUGAAUCUGGAUCAAAUAUGAAGAGAUGUAAGCUAUUUACAACAAAGUUGCGGAUACUGUGUCACAGUGCAUUAAAAUUCUACGACCUGAACUGCUCAAAUUCCACAUUGUCCAAAAACUCCUCAGAUACAAUGCUUUUCUCAAAGCAAAUUCUGUUACCAAGUGCUAAUGAGCUUAAUGAAUGCAUUAGCCUAUUUCAAGAGAACUUUCUUUCUCAUCAUCCAUUUAUCCAUCAAGAUAUUUUGAACCUUGAUAUUGACUCGUUGAGGAAGUACGUGUACGAAAACGAAGAGUUUAAAUCAGAACUGGAUGAUUGUUGGAAUAUAGAUUUUGACGGUAGCACAAACGUACAUGACAUACCUAUAGGAUCUAAUAAGCAAGCAAUGGGAAUUGCUAGCUUGGUAUGUUUACCGUUAUUCAUGGCAACUUGUGGCUCCAUAUAUAAAAACGAUAACAAUUUUAAAACCAUGGAACUUUAUGAGGCUAGUAGAAGAGUACUGCAUGUUUAUCUAGAAACAAAAAAACAAGAACAGAUUAGUAUACAAAAGGAUCCAACAGUGUCACUGAUAAUGAAAAGAAAGAUGCAGAAUCAACAGCAUCAUGUUUGGUUAAUUCAAUCACUAAUACUAAGUAUUAUAUUUGCCUUUUUUGCGGAUUAUUUGGAUACAAUAGACACGCAAUUGGUUGUGAGACAGGUUGCUGCAAUAUGCUCUAUCAUAAAAUCAAAUAUCUUGGCAGAUAUUACUUACUCUUCCAACCAAACAUCUUCAUUUGAUAGUUCAUUCAAGUAUAUUUUAUAUGAGACGAAGAUUAGGACCGUAUUAAUGGCAUACAAGUUUUCACAACUACUGACAAUUUAUUAUAAUAUGGAUUGUACAAGUUAUUUUGAUGAGCAUACUGUAGAACAGUUAACAAUUCCAGAUGAUGAAUAUAAGUGGCAAACACAGCGCUUAUUUCAAGACAACAGUUUUAUUGACGCAAACGUACCCAUGACAUCUUCACAUUCAGCUGAUAAAUCUUCAGCAAUUAAUUUAAAUCAGGGGAGUUCAAAAUCCUUGCUAGAGCUUCAAAGCGGAGGUAAGUAUCAAAAACAACAUACUGUAAGCUUUAAACAGUUUUAUGAUAGUUUUGCUUUUAACAAUAGAGGUCUGCAUGCAAUUCCUGAAUACUUAGCCAUUAAUAUGGUGCUUUAUGAAUACAGCAUACGGAAUCAUUCAAAAUUUCAUGUAUUUCUAACAAGACUGGAUAACAAGAAGCUAGAAGCAAAUAUACCAGCACCUCCGUUCUUGGCAAAUGAGGAACAAAUGGCUUUUAGCGGCAAGAAAGCAAAAAUUUUAAUUAAAGACGCAAUUGCUCUAAGGAACUACUUAAUGUCAAUGAAGGUUUUUAAUGAUGUUGAUAAAUCAUUUGCCAACAAAAUAUGCAAGACAGGUCUGAAGGAAAUUUUCUAUGAAUUUUUAUAUUCUGACCAAAAUAAUCUAUUAACACAUGGAUCAUAUAAUUUGAUGACCGAUUUUCUUAUUGCUCUUAAUUUUGCCAUUAAGAAUCUAACAAGACUAGUAAAAUACAAACGGAAAGGGAGUGAUGAACUCGAAUUCGAUAAGAACAAAUUUUCCAUUUUCAAUCUACAAGCUUAUUACUAUGAUUUCUUGACUGUCAUUAAAUUUAUCAUGGACUUUGAACGGACUCCUAAUUUCAAGCUGUUGAGUAUCUUCACCGAACUGAGAAAAUUAGCGGAUUGUGUUUUUAUUCCACUUCUUAAUGAAUUUUAUUCAAUAGAGUUUACUCAGUAUACAGCUGUGAUCCCUGAACAGUCAUUUAAUAAUAAGAAGGCAACUGAUGACUUACCUCAUAUACUCGAAAGACUGGAAAAAAUGAUUGGAAAUGUACUGGUGUAUUCUUUUAAUGAUAAUUCAUUUCUCAAUAUGUUUGAUGAUAAAGUUCAGAAUGAAUUCCAGUUUAAUCCUAUGUCUAAUCUACAACACUUUUUGAAAUCACCCAAGAUCAACGAUAGCCAACUGAUAAAUUCGAAUCGAGACGAUGGUCAAAAGGAACAUAUCAACAACGGAGAACCUUUUGAUGAUACAUCAAUAAACCACACAAAAUCGUCCGUUAAUUUAGUAUUGAGACAUCAACAGCUUCAACAACAGCAUGCCGAAUCAACUGAUAGCGAUUCAUCACUUCGAAUGAGAACACACAAACAAGGCUUUGCUGAAAGGUAUCAAUUGUCAGCUAAAUUUGCCAGUAUUGGCAAGUGCGUCUUUAAGUUGGUAAAAGAAGAUUUUUGCAAUGCACAUAUUUUGGACAAAAUGUCAAAUGAUUACUCAGAGCUUUGUAAACUUCUUGAAAAGGAAGUUUAUAAGUUUGAUCUAUCUGGAUUAGAGAUUGAUAGUAGGAAGGACAAUCCUAUUCAUUACGAUGUUAAGUUCUGA